UAAUAGGUUGGAGAGACAUGUUCUCGAGACAUUAAUGAUUGUGACUUGGGAUCACAAUGCCUGGAGUGUGACUUGGGAAUCAUAGGCUAGUUGUGUUCACUUCAAAUGCUACUAAGGAGGCUCGUGAAGGAAUUGCAUACGUGUGGAAUUAUGCUGUAGAAAAUCAUUGUUGGCUGCUUUCACAAUACUCAGAAUAUAAGAGCUGUCAUAGUCUUCCAAGAGGAAAGGUGAUGAAUUGCAUGCUGAUUUCUACUUAAGCUUUGAUUGGCGAAAGUGUUGCUCCCCUGUUUACGGUGAUUAAAUGUUCGCUAAGCCAUAAAGUUGAGGAGUCUGAUAAAUUAGCAGAUAUGAAAGUGGCUGCUGCCAAGGCACAGGUUGAAGCUGUGAAGGCUAGUGAAAAUGAGGCUCUCAAAAGGUUGGAGACAACUCAAAAGGAGAUUGAGGAUAUAAAGACUGCAACACAGGAGGCUUUGAAAAAGGCUGAAAUGGCUGAAGCAGCGAAAAGGGCAGUGGAGAGUGAGCUUCGAAGAUGGCGCGAGAGGGUGCAAAAGAGGGCCGCAGAAGCUGCAUCUCGAAUUCUGGCUGAAACACAGGUGUCAACAAAAUCAUCUCCUCAGCACUAUAGGAUUCAAAAGCAGAAUCCUCCUCGUACAAUGGUGGAGGUGAAAAAGUUUGAAAAGGAGAAGGUUUCAGUUUCAAAGAAAACCCUCUUGCCAAAUAUUAGUGGCAUCUUCCAAAGGAAAAAGAACCAGGUUAAGGGUGGUUCUCCUUCUUAUCUGCCUGGUGAGAACCCUGUAUGAGAUUUGAAAUGUGUAGCAGUUUGUGCAGCUCUUGAAUGUGAGAGGAACAUUUAUUUGUGUGUAGUUGAGGAAUUUAUUUCAUCAGAUUUUGUCAUUGUAGUCUGUUUGAAGGAUUGUGUAGUGUUUGUAGUUUGGUGACAAAUUUGGGCAUGUAUCAUGUAAAUGGAACCAGAAGUAAGAUUAAAAUCUACUGGUAUUUUUCUGUUGAUACUAA